CUGAUCUCGUAGCGUCGGCUCUCGCGGGACGUGGGCCGCAUCUCGUGACUGCGCCCCUGAGGAGGUCGAGGAAACAGAGAUGCCCUGUCAAAUCUGGUUUUAAGGACGAAGUUGUCAUGGGUUCAUCUGCAUCUUCUCCAUCAAUCGCACUCCAAGCAAAUGUAUCAGAACAGCCUCAGGCUGUGCCUUCACAAUGUCCAAUGCACCAGAAGAACAUGGAAGGUUGUCCAAUGCAUAUGCAGUCGGCUGGCAGUCUUAGUGAGAACCAGAGCUGUCCUGUUCCUGCACAUCAAGAAAGAGCAUACGAAUAUGUGGAGUGCCCUGUGAAAUCUCAAACACAUGAGAAGAUUGAUCCUAGCAAUAUGAUGCCAGCACCUAAUCAGCUACCAGCCCCCGAUCAACCAUUUCCAUUGUCUACAGUGAGAGAAGAGUCUACUAUUCCUAGAGCGUCUUCUGAACAAAAAUGGGUUUAUCCCUCAGAGCAGAUGUUUUGGAAUGCAAUGCUUAGAAAAGGAUGGAGAUGGAAAGAUGAUGACAUAAAACCUGAAGAUAUGAAUAAUAUAAUCAAGAUUCAUAAUCAGAAUAAUGAACAGGCAUGGAAGGAAAUUUUAAAAUGGGAAGCACUUCAUGCAGGGCAAUGUCCAUGUGGACCAGCACUUAUUCGGUUUGGUGGUAAAGCGAAGGAGUACUCACCAAGAGCCAGAAUAAGGUCUUGGAUGGGCUAUGAACUACCUUUUGAUAGACACGAUUGGAUUGUUGAUCGCUGUGGAAAGGAAGUUCGAUAUGUAAUUGACUAUUAUGAUGGAGGAGAAGUAGAUAAGAACUAUCAAUUCACCAUUUUGGAUGUCCGUCCGGCUUUUGACUCCCUAACUGCAGUAUGGGACAGGAUGAAAGUGGCUUGGUGGCGCUGGACUUCAUAACAAAAUUUGCACGGUAUGAACAGUUACACUAUUUGGGCAGAGUUGUGCUGCUCUAACUUUGGACUUUAAUAAAAGUUUAUGGUGACUUAAGUCAACAGCAUUCUACUUUCCAUUGGAGGACAAAUUACAUUUAUUUAAACUCCUCUAAUUAAACAAUACAGUGUGUGUGUUGUCCACCAGUGUUGACCUUUCAGAAAAACUCUAUGGAAAUAAGCUCAAUAAGGAAUACGGAAGGCACUCAACUAGUGAAUGUAGUAUAUCAAUGCUAUGAAAUGGGAGUGGCUGUAAUCUUAGUGGAUGAGCAAUUACACCUUUUAACGGCGAUACCUUUAAACUUGAAAGAUGAGUGCAUAACUGUUUUGAAAUUAUACUUUCUGCUGUAAAAAAUAAAAUGACAAUUAGUCCUUUAAAACCCACAAAAUCCUUUUUGAGUGACUUACAUACUAAAAUGUCCAUAGAUUUUAUCUUACACUGAUAAGAUCAUUCUCAAAGUAACCAUGAUUCAUGCACAACCAUAUGUGUAACUGACUCAGUUUAAAAGCAAUCAGAAGUCACCUGAAUAAACAGCUUUCAUAUCCUGCUUUUUAUAUUAAGUUGAAAUUAAGGUGGUGCUUGGCUAAAAAAAUGCACUUAUGUCUGAGUGUGGUCCUGCAUUUGCCCCUUUAAGAAGAAAGGUGUCUUAAAACAUAUCAAUGCCAAAGUUAGUUAUGCAGUGCAAAAAUGUAUUGUUCAUGGAACUGCCCUUUAAACAUUUCAUUUAGUUUGACGAAUGUAGGCAAAAGUAUUGGUUUCCAGAGAUGACAGCGUUUGCCACUAAAUCCAAACUUGCACAUAAAUAAGACUUUCAGCUUGUUUUGGAAAUGUAACAACUGCUCCCAAGUUAAAACCUGAGUGUACCAUUACACUGUUCAGAUGGCUGUAGACAAGUCACUUGGCCAAUCGUAGGUGCAGUUGAGUUGAUAACCAGUCUAUACCAGUGCUGCUGCUUGUAUCUAGGAAAACACAAUAAAAGUUAUGAGGAUUGAACACACAGUUUGUCCUUCUCACCUCCACUCCUUUUGGCUUUAAAAGGACAGAGCAUAAGGACAAGCAAGGUGAGUGAAGACGGAGUUGGGUGAUCUUGUAUAAUUGUUUGCAAGGCUAUUGUACAUAUCCCUUGCAAGAAUAUUCUUCAAGAGCCUUCGAAUAAAGAAGGAAUUAUUCACACACAAAAAUAAAGAUAUAAUAAUAAUAUUUGCAAAGAGGAAUUUUUAGGGGGAAGCAAGCCUACCGUUAUAUGCUGCUAGGGAGAAAACCAUUGAUAGAAUAUUAUUAUUAUUAUUUGAAUUUAUAUACUGCCCUGUACAUGGGGGUCUCAGGGAGGUUCACAGAAUAAAAUCAAGAUAUAAAACCACAAAGCACACAUACAAAAAUAUUGAUUAUUAGGAUAUCAAAUAAUGUUUUUGUUGAAGGAUCUCUAUACUCAACAUUAUUCACAAUUGAUUUGCUAAAUCAUCUUGGAAUUGUGUUUGAAAAUGCAUACAGAUUAGCUAUAAAACAGCAAGGAGUAUCUAUAUACCGGUAGAUAUGUAGAUGCAAUAAUUCUACUUCUUGACAUGCUGAAUGAAUGUUGCAUCUAAUUGAUGUUGUUCAAGGAAUAUUGACAUGCCUACAAGAUGCACUUGCUACCCAAUUAUCCAUUGUUCUAGUGUGUGUACAUUUAUCUUUAUUGUACAUAGAUGAAUUCAGUUACAUGCCAACUACUUCAUAGGUGUGUCUUUGGUUUUAAUAAACUAUUUGUUACUUUA